AGGACCUCGAGGUGGACUUGAGUUCGGUCUUGACCUCCGAUCCAGUCACACGAACCAGAUUUUCCUUGCCAAUUUAGAAUAGCUAAACCCGCUCGCUCAUCCACGGACGAUCAUCGCCAAGUGUGCUCGAUUGAUGGAUUGAUUGGACUGAUUGCCAUCCAAUUGAUCAAGUAUUCACGAGAAACACUUUUGCGACGACGAGAAACCAACCAGGAGAGAGCCUUUGGAUUUGAAUUGGAGAGGGAAAAAGAGUUCAGGAAUCGAGGCCAACCGAAGCAGAUUUCGUGUGCUUGUUGUGUGAUAUUUGUGAUAGCUUUAAAUUUCAACGUCUUUGACAGAUCCAAUUGCCAUUGGAGUGGAGACAGAUACUUGUGACCAAUGAUACCAAGAAAUCAUCGUAAAAUGCUCAGUUACUCACCCGCACUUUGCCUUUUGAGCAUCCUCAUCGCCUCGUUUUCACCUGCUCAAGGAUCUGGAUCUCUGUCAGGAUUCAGCACGGGAUCUCAAACUUUAUCCCUCCCCAAAGACCGAAACGGCAACCCUGACUACUGCUUCAUUACCAAAGCUCACACCGCGUGCAAUGCCAAGGGAUAUGGGGCCAAAUGUACCCGGGUUCUCGGUGAUGGAGUGUCCAAGUUUGAAAAGGCCGAGAUCAUGCGGGUUCACAACGAAUUUCGCGCCAAAUUAGCCAACGGCUUGGAAAAGCGGGGACGCCCAGGUCCACAACCGUCAGCCGCUGAUAUGGAAGAGAUGGAAUGGGACGACGAACUGGCUCGUGUGGCCCAAGCCCAUGCUAAUGAAUGCAAAUUUGCCCAUGAUUGCGCCGAUUGUCGGAGAGUGGAGCGGUUUGGAGUGGGCCAGAACUUGUACAUUUACAAACAGACCCAGGAAAGUGCCGCCACAGAUUGGACACGAGCCAUCACGGAUUGGUAUGAUGAGGUGAAGCUCUUCAGUAAACGCAGCGUCAAACCUUUCAGAUUUAGUACCCCUA